UAGGACAGUAAAAGCCCGUAGCCCAGAAAGAGAGAAGGUUCUCCAAGUCAAUCACAAUCACGAGGAGUCAUCAGUUCAUCACGCCAUACAACACGGACAGCGACGAGACGACGACGCCGGAGAGUAACGGCGAGUCGGCCGCGAGAGUGAAGGCGAGUCGGCGACCAUCAAGGAAGGACAUGGCCACGUUGCCCGGCAGCGCCCCCGCCGAGGCGGCGGAGCUCGUGCCGACGCUCUCCUCGCUGGAGCCGGUCUACGGCGCGGGCGCGCAGCUCGACGAGGCGCGCCUCCGCUUCGCCCGCCUCGGGGACCGCUUCCACGCCGUCUACGGCGCCCGCCCCGCGCUCUUCGCCCGCUCCCCAGGGAGGGUGAAUCUGAUCGGGGAGCACAUCGACUACGAGGGCUACUCGGUGCUGCCCAUGGCCAUCCGCCAGGACAUGAUCGUCGCCAUCCGGAGGGCCGACGGCGGCCAGGUGCGGGUCGCCAAUGUCGACGACAAGUACCCCCUGUGCGUCUACCCCGCCGACCCAGAUAAGGAAAUUGACAUAAAAAAUCACAAAUGGGGGCACUAUUUCAUGUGUGGAUACAAGGGAGUUUACGAAUACUGUAGAUCAAACGGGAUAGAUCUGGGCAAACCUGUUGCACUUGAUGUUGUUGUUGAUGGCACAGUUCCUCAAGGCUCUGGAUUGUCAAGCUCAGCAGCUUUUGUCUGUUCAGCAACAAUUGCUAUCAUGGGAGUCCUUGAGAAAAACUUUCCAAAGAAAGAAGUUGCUCAAUUCACUUGUCUGUCUGAGCGCCACAUUGGAACACAGUCUGGAGGCAUGGAUCAGGCUAUAUCUAUCAUGGCCAAACCUGGAUUCGCUGAGUUGAUAGAUUUUAAUCCAAUUCAUGCAACUGAUGUCCAACUACCUCCAGGUGGUACAUUUGUGAUCGCCCAUUGUUUGGCAGAGUCCAAGAAAGCAGAGACAGCUGCAACAAAUUAUAAUAACCGUGUUGUGGAGUGUCGCUUAGCAGCGAUUGUUCUUGCCAUCAAACUAGGGAUGGAUAGGAAAAAAGCUGUCUCCUCUGUUACAACCCUCUCCGAUGUUGAGGGUCUAUGCGUUUCUUUUGCUGGGAAAGAAGGUUCAUCUGAUCCUGCAAUAGCUGUGAAGAAACUUUUGCAUGAGAAUCCAUAUACAGCUGAAGAAAUAGAGAAAAUUACAGGUGAAAGCCUGACAUCUGUCUUCCAGAGCUCUCAAACUUCCUUGGAUGUUAUAAAAGCUGCAAAGCACUACAAGCUAUUUCAGCGUGCGACUCAUGUCUACUCUGAAGCAAGGAGGGUUUACGCUUUCAGGGAUACUGUCUCCUCAAAACUCAGUGAGGAAGAUAAGCUUAAGAAACUUGGUGAUCUUAUGAACGAAAGCCAUUACAGCUGCAGCGUGCUAUAUGAGUGCAGUUGCCCUGAGCUGGAGGAGCUUGUGAAAGUCUGUAGAGACAAUGGAGCACUGGGAGCACGUCUCACAGGAGCUGGGUGGGGUGGCUGUGCGGUUGCUCUGGUCAAGGAGCCCAUCGUCCCUCAGUUCAUUCUGAAUCUAAAGGAAAUGUACUACAAAUCAAGGAUUGAGAGGGGAGUAAUCCAGCAGGGUGAUCUGGGCCUGUAUGUUUUCGCGUCGAAGCCAUCGAGCGGCGCAGCCAUAUUGACGUUGUAGGCGGGCAGAGGCAGCCUCCAUUCUUUUACGAGCCCGCUGUAAAUUCGUAGAGUCCGUACCCUGGUCCCAGAUGUGGCCCUGUAAAACAUGGAAUAAGUUACUUGCAUCUCGAUGAACACCGAACUGUUGUAAAACAUGGAGUAUUAAAUUAUCUCAGGCAACACACGCAUUAGGCAUGUUGCUCCAGAUUUGAGAGACGAGUUCGUGGCUGGCUGCCAUGGAUGAAUGAAGUUAAAAGAAAAGAGGAAUAAUCCGAAUCUUAUCCAGAGGGCGUAUCUAUCUAUGCCCCGUUGUGUA